GGGUGAGGAGCUUCAGAAGGCGGAGUUUCAGCAGUCAUCAGCCGACAGGGAGCAGAGGUCAUCCCUGCGACAACCUCAACGACAGGGGGAACGGUCUCUACUGCAACAGCAGCAGGCCCCUCCCCUGUCCUCCUCCUCCCAGGGCUCUGCCCCCUCUGAGGGCCAAGGGGAGUGCAUCAUGGAGAACAACAGCACUAUGAAAUCCCAGACCCAUCCCCAGUCCAAGGACCAGUACACCAGCGCUGAGGUGGUCUCCAGGACCCAGACUCCCUCUCAGUAUAUAAUCGACAUCACAGCAGAGGACGCUAACGCACACAUGGCCUCCCGGGAGAACUCUGAGGCCGUCUCGGCCCUGCUGGCCUCCCAAAAUCCAUCUGAGCCCUCCUACCUCUCUGAGCCCAGCCGACAUUUGGUGCUGAACCCCUCUGUUGCCCCUCCCUCUCCCCUUCGUAAGAGCCCCUCGGAGUGUGACUUUAGGAACCAGGCUCCCUCAGUGUCAGAGUGUGACCUUAGGAACCAGACUCCCUCAGUGUCAGAGUGUGACCUUAGGAACCAGACUCCCUUAGUGUUAGAGUGUGACUUUAGGAACCAGACUCCCUCAGUGUCAGAGUGUGACCUUAGGAACCAGACUCCCUCAGUGUCAGAGUGUGACCUUAGGAACCAGACUCCCUUAGUGUCAGAGUGUGACCUUAGGAACCAGACUCCCUCAGUGUCAGAGUGUGACCGUAGGAACCAGACUCCCUCAGUGUCAGAGUGUGACUUUAGGAACCAGACUCCCUCAGUGUCAGAGUGUGACCGUAGGAACCAGACUCCCUCAGUGUCAGAGUGUGACUUUAGGAACCAGACUCCCUCAGUGUCAGAGUGUGACCUUAGGAACCAGACUCCCUUAGUGUCAGAGUGUGACCAUAGCAACCAGACUCCCUCAGUGUCAGAGUGUGACCUUAGGAACCAGACUCCCUCAGUGUCAGAGUGUGACCUUAGGAACCAGACUCCCUCAGUGUCAGAGUGUGACCUUAAGAACCAGACUCCCUCAGUGUCAGAGUGUGACCGUAGGAACCAGACUCCCUCAGUGUCAGAGUGUGACCGUAGGAACCAGACUCCCUCAGUGUCAGAGUGUGACCUUAGGAACCAGACUCCCUCAGUGUCAGAGUGUGACCAUAGGAACCAGACUCCCUCAGUGUCAGAGUGUGACCUUAGGAACCAGACUCCCUCAGUGUCAGAGUGUGACCUUAGGAACCAGACUCCCUCAGUGUCAGAGUGUGACCGUAGGAACCAGACUCCCUCAGUGUCAGAGUGUGACCUUAGGAACCAGACUCCCUCAGUGUCAGAGUGUGACCGUAGGAACCAGACUCCCUCAGUGUCAGAGUGUGACCGUAGGAACCAGACUCCCUCAGUGUCAGAGUGUGACCGUAGGAACCAGACUCCCUCAGUGUCAGAGUGUGACCGUAGGAACCAGACUCCCUCAGUGUCAGAGUGUGACCGUAGGAACCAGACUCCCUCAGUGUCAGAGUGUGACCGUAGGAACCAGACUCCCUCAGUGUCAGAGUGUGACCGUAGGAACCAGACUCCCUCAGUGUGUAGGAAGCCGGAGGUAAAGCAUGACAUGGCUGGCAGCCUGGGCAGUAAGAUGGGGUUAGUCCAUUCAGUGGUGAUCAGACCUAUAGCAUCAGUCAGUGAGUCUGCUGCUGUAGUAGAGAGAGAGAAGCAGCUAUAUUCCUCCAUGCUGCCCUGCAUUAAGAACGCCUCAUUGGCCGACGAGGCCAGGAAAUCGUACAAGCUAAGCCCCUCCCCUGAUGUCCCCAAGCCCCUCCCCUCCCCAGAGGCCCUGAAGCCGAAGCCCCUCUGCUCCCCUGACAUCGUCAAGUCUAAAACACAGAGUGUUCUGGAGACUUGUUCUAAACCCAAACCCCUCCCCUCCCCAGAGGUGUCCAAGCAUAAAGGCCGUUACCCGGACAACACACCUCGCUCCAGCUUUAAGCCCGUCCUGGCCCGAGGGACUGAGUCGCCAGGAUCUUGCACUAAGAGCCCGCUAAUCAUCGAUAAGAACGAGCAUUUCACCGUGUACCGGGACCCUGCGCUUGUCCGUCCCAACCAGGAGACCAACCACGUGUCCUAUCUGCACCCCCAGCUCCACCCCCUCCACGCCUCCUCCCACGCCUCCUGCCUCACCCCCUCUUCCACCCACCACCACACAUCCCACUCCCACCACCACCUCCUCUCCGGGGUGCUCUCUGGCCUGCCUCCAGGCCCCUUGCUGGGGGGUCAUCCCCGACUAGACUCCUCAGGGCUGGGGCACCUGGGACUAGUUCAUCACCACCCUGUCUCUCAGCCCCAGACACACAGCCACACCUCAGCCUCAUACAACCAGCUGGGGCUGUAUCCAAUCAUCUGGCAGUACCCCAAUGAGACCCACUCCUAUCCCCCCAGACUCAACCUGCCUGGGUCCAAGUGGGUGCACCCUGAAAACCCUGUCAGCUCUGAGACCAACAUGAGGAGGAACACGGCCAGCCCUUGGCUACACCACCAGGUCCCAGUCUCCUCCUCUGACAGCCUGGACCAACUGAGCCACGUCACGGUCCCCAUCCGACCAGCCAGCGCCGACCCUCACCGGUCCGACCCCCAUCCCCACCGUUCAGAACCACACCGCUCGGACCCCCACCGGCUCAUCAAGAUCAACCCCCACGCCAGCCCCCCUCUGCCAACGGCCGAGACCGCUGGAGAUCUUCACAGGGAGUAAGUCUCAGUGUUAAAUUCAG